CGAGAUAGCAACAGAACCUCGAAAGGGCGCCAACAACGAUUAUAUUACAAGGCAGUGCCAGAAGACGAAUCUACACAUAUGUUGACGAGUAGCUGUCAACUUCGCAGCCUCGCAGCAUCCGAUUCACCUUAACAUUCAAAUCAACGCCUUGAGAAUCUGAUCGGCCACCUCGAUGAUAUACCAACUGAUAUAUACCCGCCAUGGAGCAAACGUUUGCAGAAGCUCUUAAACCUGCGGAAAUGUCCUCAGCCGAUGGACUACAAGCUCUCGACUUCUCUCAACUUCCCGAAUGCGCUCCUACAAGAAGCCAAGCAGAGAUGGAAGAAUAUAUGGGUUGCCUUCAGACCGAGGGAGUCCAUAAAACACCUACAGAGCUUCCCGAUAUAAAAAUGGAGUCACCUCAGGAUGCAGCGAGCCUCCCACGCCCUCAACAACAGUCAUUGAACGACGAGUGCCCCGCCCAGACACAACAAGCGCGGCUGUUCAACGACCCAAGAAGGCACAAAUUGUUUGAAGAGUACAAUGAAGUUAUACGUCAGAAUCCAGAUUCACACCUCGCACGCCUGGGAGAACUGGCACACUAUGUGUUUGACAAUGGCAGGCCUGCUCGUGUGUGGACUGCUGGUGGAGUGGGAUCAGCACACGUCGGCCUGGAUCCUUCCACGACCUCAAUACAUGGGAGAUGCAGCUGCACGUAUGAUGAGGCGGACAUACUUCUACUCACCGAGUCGGAGCACGCAGCAUGGUCACGGGCUAAUAACCCACCCAAGCUCGUGGUAAUUCGGGAUCCGGAAUUUUCCCGUCGUCGGCCUGCCAAAUCUACGGAAUCAUGGCUGAGAGAGCAGGAAAAGAGGACAAACAAAAAAUGGGUUGAUGUUCAACGCUUGAACCGUCAAUGUAAUGAUGGCGCCGCUGAAAACAUACCUCUGCAAGAUGCCAUCCAACAAUGGCGCACUUCACAGAACAGUGAUGUUAUAUCCCUCGAAACGCCGCCGAUGAACCUCUUGAACAUUUCCGACAAGACCGUGGGGCACUGGCCCGAAGGACUCGCAAAAGAUUACCAGCUACUCUUCGAAGCCAUAGAUGAGUGCGAAGGCAUGAUAUACAGGUCACUGGAUGAGCGCUUGGUCCCGCUUUCAGAACAGGACCGUGGAAUAGGCAAGACUACUCUGAUGUUGUUUUCGCACAGUGACAUCCAGAAGUGUACUCAGUUUCGAAUCCUUGCACACAGGGGAGCUUGCUCUUCCUGGCAUAUCGAUAAUGCGGGAGUUUAUACUUUUAUCGUUCUCGAAGGAAACAUCGACAGCCCGGACGAGAAAGCUGAAGAUGUUGUCAAGUACUGGCCAGUCUAUCCAACGCACCACAUGAACGCUCAAGAUGAGGACGCAGCUCGACUUGGAUUCUCAAAGGAAGGAAUUAACUGGAGGCCCAAACCCGAUGGCAAGAUUCCUGUCAUUGCCCUUACCCGAGGCGAUAUGUUAAUACAGCCACCCGGAACGAUACAUGCGCCAAUUACAUUGACAAACUGCUUCUUCCUUGGCGGCAUGGCAUGGCGCAGGAACACCUUGCCGCAAACGCUGAACGUUUGGCAUUAUCUGAUGAAGAAUGACAUAUGCACAAACGAGCCGCUCCCCAGACAAAGCCAGGCUAUUUUGGACUUCAUCAAGGUAGCCGUCCAUGAUGCGCCUGAAGAGCACGGUUAUAGACAGGAUGAACUAGGCGAUUUUGACAAGAUAUGCGACGAGAUCUCUGGAAUGGUUUCUCGAUGCAGCUGCUCGAAAGCAUGUUCGCUGAGCACCAAAUGUUCGUGCCUCAUGCAAGGGUUAAAGUGCGGCAUUCGGUGCCAUAAAGGCAGCACCCUACACCAUACAACUUGUACCACAGUGAAUAUGUUACCACCUUCAUCAUUGUCCGGGAGAAAGAGAUAUGCAAAGAGGAGCCGUUUGAGAGAUGAUGAAGACUCGGAUUAUACGUCGAAUGGUACUCCCGCAGCAAAAAGCAAAAGAAAGAAGAGAGCAAUUGAGGCACUCCAAGCGAAAGCACCGAUUGCUACUCUGGAUGCGAUAUCAUUGCUGCCGCACGAGCACUUGAAUAACUCUCCGACAGUAGCAGGUUCGGAUUAUACGCCAAAUGGCACCCCCUCUGGAAAACCCAAGGGAAAGAGUGCAGUUGAAGCACUAGAAGGGAAAGCACUGGAGGCUAUAGCACAACUGCUAAAUGCGAGCGCGAAUAACUCUCCUGCGGGAGCAGUCUUGGUUGAGUCGAAGCGCCCAGAGAUCUGUUCUGGGUCGUCUACUGGCGGCACCUGUGAAUAUGAUGCGCAGGUCCGUAGCAACCGCUUAGUCUGCAAACGUUGCGGUACCGUCGUAGAAUUAGGUGGCGAUGCUAUCCGACACACACGUCCAAGGGCUAAUACGAAAGCUGGUGUGGUUAAUGGGAUCGACUCGCCCAGCACUGGGGAAGCAGUGUCACAGAAAAGGAAAUGUCACGAGUGCCAGAGGUCUACCAUCACCGUGGACAGAAGGGGGCCCGAUGGUCCGAAUACCUUGUGCGGACGUUGCGCGAAGAGGCGGGCCAAAGCAAAACCUGACCAGGAAGCUAACAAGGAAGCUGCGACUCCGGCCACAUUGUUGCCUAGCAUUGAGAUGGGAGUGUCAAGCCAAAAGAUGUGUGACAAUUGCCACAAGACUGACAUUAUUGUGGACAGGAGGGGGCCAAAUGGCACGGGCACCUUGUGCUGGACUUGUGGGAGAAAGUACUCAAAAGAAAACGCCCAAAAGGAAGCUAAUAACAAGGGCGAGGCACCAGCCUUUGACGAAGCCAAUGCCACCAGUGGCACUUAUAUGGGCGGAAACCGUAAUACUCUGUCCAGAUCCAGCAAGAGUCAGACACCCGAGGCGUCGAAGAGACAACCUCGUCCUUUGAAAGAAGGCUACUGUCUACAGUGUAAGGCAGCUAAGUCUACUAGCUGGCAUGGCUAUGAGGACUCUACAGGCAAAGGGAAGCGAUGCGGGGGAUGCUAUCAGCAUGCGUAUGAUGAGACUAGGAAGGAAAGGAAGAGGAGUCUUGUUGGUAACGCAACCAAUAAAGCGAUUGUCCGCAAAGGCAUCAAGUCUCGCAUAUCUUCUGCCGCUUCCUCUACUGCCAAAGAACAAAAUGCAGAUAAGAUGGACGCAUCUCAACAGGAUCCACCACCGGUCCAGUUUCAAACCGGCAUUCUUCCACCUUUGUUUAACACCCCGCCUAGCCUCCCUCAAGAAAACACCAUCAUACAUGCCCGCAAGACUAAUCUGUCGAUAACUGCGGAGUUACCAAUCGCCGCCGAACCACAGGAGUUGGCACAGCACGAGCUGGCCGGCGCCUACCCACUACAGUACGCCGAUCCACAGGUCCUGAUUGACCUCCAAAGUUUCCAAUCACACGAGGCGACACCAGAACCUUCAGUGGAGCACAAACUGGAGGCGAAUGGCUUCAUGGUCUCGAAACCUGAACCCCAAACAUUCCCCGCCUUCACCCAAGACGAUGCGGUCUCCUCCAAAUAUCUUAAUCCCGACACCAAACCCGAGGCAGCCGCCGACGUGCCCACUACAAACGGAUCUACCACCACGGAGUCGUCAACAGAGCACUCUAAUUCACACACCUCCUCCCCUCUAACUGCUCUUGACGAUGGAUUCUCUGACCGUGAGAACGCGGAUCUCUUCAUACCUCGUUAGGCGCAACGGUGGAAUGGGACUCUAAUUUCGUUAUGGACGGGUCGUUUUGUGUUUGCUUUUUUUGCGGAUACCCUUUACGAUAGAUGAGUCUAUUGUAUUUUGGAGUUUAUGGGUGCUUGGAGAGGGGAAUGGGAUGAGAAUGGGAUAUUGACAUUACUAUGCGUUGGCAAAACGGAUGAAUAAAUCACUGUAAUGGGGCAGAUUCAGGUAUAGCUAAGGUAUUUAGAACUGGUUGACUUCGCUUCCUUGUUGCACUUUAUUGCAUGGCUUUCGUUGGUAGGAAUAUAGUUGAUUGGCAUACAUUACUUCUUUCCCAGAUGGCACGCUCAUAAUAAAAAUUUGUCAAA